AUGGUAGAGGAGCCCGUAGAGCCCGACGAGAAUCUGGUGAUCGACGAUAGCGCACAAGAGCAACUCAGUACAGGAAGAGUGGCCCCACGAGAGGACCUAAAUUAUGAUACGGACACAUCGGCUUCUGUGACCGACUCGCUCACCUGGAUAUCUUGGUUUUGCUCCCUCGCCGGCCACGAAUACUUUGCCGAAGUGGCAGAGGACUUUAUCGAGGAUGAUUUCAAUCUGACAGGUCUCACGACAUACGUCCCAUUCUAUAAAGAGGCUCUGGAGAUGAUCUUGGAUGUCGAGCCUGAAGAUGACAGCGUUAAGGUACCCGAGGUGUCGCUGGUCGAAAGUUCGGCAGAAAUCCUCUACGGUUUGAUCCAUCAACGGUACAUCAUGACACGGCAAGGAUUAUCCCAGAUGAAUGCCAAGUACGAAAGUGCUCAUUUCGGCUAUUGUCCCCGUGUGUACUGCCAACCCUCCAAGGUUGUGCCAUGUGGAAGGUCAGAUACACCAGGGGACGGCGAGGUUGUUUUGUUCUGUCCGAACUGCAUGGACAUCUACCACCCGCCGAGUAGCAGAUACCAUUGCAUCGAUGGUGCUUACUUCGGCACCUCCUUUCCCCAUCUGCUCUUCCAAACCUUUCGCGAAAGCCCCUCGAUCCUAGUCCCCUGGCCUCCAGCCUCCCUGUCCUCCCCCGAACCGCCGUGCGAUCUUCAAUCCAAGUCCGGCUUCAUGACCGACUCUGUUACGACCUACAACUCAGCUCAAUCCAAGAUCUACGGGCCUAGGAUAUAUGGUUUCCGCGUCAGCGAGCGUGCCCGCAGUGGGCCCCGAAUGCAAUGGCUUCGGAUCCGACCCGGGACCGAAGAACAGCUCCGUCUAGGCCUGGAAUAUCGCGAGCGAGAGCAAGUGGAAGAAAUCGAAGGAUCAUGA